AUGAAUACAGCUGCUCUUCCCGAUCUAUCUAAGCUAGAUAUUCGUAUAGGCACAAUUGUGUCUGUGAAAAGACACCCAGAUGCCGAAACUCUAUAUGUAGAAGAAAUCGAUCUUGGAGAAGCAACUGCUCGUGUAGUUGUGUCUGGACUUGUAAAAUACAUGUCCGAGAGCGCUUUAGAGAACCGAAAGGUUGUUGUUUUAUGUAACUUGAAACCAGCGAAAAUGCGUGGCAUUGAAUCCCAGGCCAUGGUUCUUGCCACUACUUCUUCUGAUGGAGCUACUGUGGAGCUACUUGAACCUCCUGCAGGUUCUCAAAAUGGCGACGUUUGCUUUUUCGAUGGACAUAAAGGUACUCCUGAAAAACAGCUGAAUCCCAAAAGAAAGGUGUGGGAGAGCAUCCAGCCAAACUUUUUAACUGACACCGAGUUCCAAGCGGUUUAUACUACUCCUGACGAAUCCAAAAAAGUAUGUGUACUCAAAUCGGAUCGUGGCGUUUGCAAAGUUCAAUCGGUUGCAGGCGGUUUGAUCAAAUAA